AUGGUGAUCGUGGGAGAAAGAGUAGAAGAAGGACUGAAGAGUGGUAAAAUCCAGGGAGGUUCCAGCAGUCAACCAAUCUUGAAGAAGCCUUUCAACGGAUUCAAGAGGAAGGAGGGUGAGACUAGUGCCAUUUCUUCUCAGAGGAGGGUACCACCCAGGGCUCCUGCUCCUCUGCCUUAUUAUCAGUACCCUUACGUAGCAGCUGCUCAAUAUCCAACCAUGCCUUAUCGUCCAAUUGCUCAUGUUCCUAUUCCAGCUCCGGUACCUCAUUAUCAAGUUCCAGUUCCUCAAUAUCAAGCUCCACAACCUCAGUUCCAGACUCCUCCACCUCAACAUCAACAGAGAAAUCAACAGAAUAAUCAACCACGUCCAGUUCAGCAGCAACGACCAAAUCAACAGAGGCCAUAUCAACAGUACAAUAAUGUGAAUACCACUCCUAUCCCAAUGACUUACACUCAAUUGCUACCGUAUCUGAUUCAGAAUGGGACUGUCGUGCCAAGGGCAUUACCUCCAAUGCUGAAGCCGCAUAAGCCUUGGUAUGAUGAGAAUGCUAGAUGUGCCUUUCAUGCUAAUUCAGAGGGUCAUACAACAGAGAAUUGCAAAGUGUUCAAGCUCCGGGUCCAAGAGUUGAUAGAUCAGAAAAUAUUGUCUUUUGCUGAUGUUCCAAAUGUGGGGAACAAUCCUUUGCCUAAACAUGAUAGUUCAGGUGUCAAUGCUAUAGAAAGUUCAACUGAUGAUGGAUUGAUAAAGGAUGUGUUCAAGUUGAAGACUCUUUUAACAGUGGUCCAUGCUAGAUUGAUGGAAGCGGAAUUGAUGAAUGGAGUACAUGAUAAUUGUGUGGUGUGUUCAUCCAACCCUGAUCAGUAUGGUGAAUUCAAAAUUUGUCUUCAACGUUUGAUGGAUCAACGGGUUAUUCAGUUCACUAGAGAAAAGAUUGAUGAGGAUGUUGCUGUGAUUGUGCCUAUAUUUGAUCAAGAGAGGCUUCCCAAGCCUUUUGUGGUCCCUUAUCGGAGAAAUGUUGACCUAGAGCCAAUGAAGAAGAUUGAGCCCAUGGUCAUCCAUGUUCCCGCUCCAUUCUCAUUUGACAGUACCAAAGCAGUGCCUUGGAACUAUGAGCCUGUAGUUUAUGUGGGUAACAAACCAGUAAUCUUGAAAGAGCCAGACGUGACUAACAUCGCUGGAGCUAGUGGUGUGACUCGAAGUGGAAGGGUUUUCGCUCCUGAAGUGAUCCCAAACAAAGAAAGUGUACCAACAGUUGAACCAACGAAAGGGAAAGAGGUGAAUCCUCCAGAAGUAGGAGAAGGCUCAUCUAAGAAAGCAGUGACUACUGAAGAGGAUAGAGAAUUCUUGAAGAUCAUCAAGAAGAGUGAUUAA